GGCGCUCUCUCCGAGUCUGUCAGUCCCGCACUGAGCUCAAACCGCGGAACCUGAACGCACCAGGACCGAGAGACUGGCCGGGUCGUCCGUCACCGCCCGGGAGAAAGCAUCCGUUAAACGGCUUCAUUAGCGGCGUCGCACCGAGACUGGGGCUUUAAACACGGAUCCGGAUUCACCUGUCGUGAUGCGCGGGUGAGCCAGCUAACGUUAGCCGGAGAACUAGCAUCCGCCGCCCGGCUGUAAAAGUACCGGGGUCCGAGCUCCUGUCCUCGGCUGCGUGUGGGCGAGUCAAUCGGAUUCAACUCGCGGGGGAACGACGGGGCCAUGGAGGCGUUGCGUUACCUCCAGGACCCGCACCUUGUCGCCCGCUUCCAGAACAUUUGCGGGGUUCGCGGGAAGUUUUCCAGAAGCGUCUCUGCCGCCGACAGCAGCGGGACAGCGGGGCGGACCGGCUCGCACAACAACGGGGCAUGUAGUCCCCACACCGCCGGGGAGAAGGAGAGUGGAAAGCUCCCCUUCGGUGGAGCUGGGGACGGGGACUCGGUGACGGCCGCCGGGGCUCGGAGGAGGACUACCGGGGCUGAUGAUGACAAAAGCCCCGGGGAUGGAUGUGAAACCGCUCCUCGGAACGGGGCGCCACUGUGCGGGGGAGAUGCGGGCAGCAGCGCGCCCUCCCCGGGGGAGCUCGGUCCCAGCGACCCGGAGGUUGUCUCCACGGUGAAGCCCCUCCGGAGGAACUCCCUGACGGGGGACGCCGGGCAGGAGUUCCUGAUUGAGAACCGGUUCCUGUUCUACCUGUUCACGUUCGGAACCGAGCUGGGCAACGAGCUGUUCUACAUCACCUUCUUCCCCUUCGUCAUCUGGAACCUGGACGCCUUCGUGGGCCGGCGGCUGAUCAUGGUGUGGGUGUGGGUCAUGUACCUGGGCCAGUGCACCAAGGACGUGAUCGGGUGGCCGCGGCCCAAGUCCCCGCCCGUGGUGAAGGUGGAGAUGUUCUACAACUCGGAGUACAGCAUGCCGUCCACACACGCCAUGUCCAGCACCGCCAUCCCUUUCUCCCUGGUCUUCAUCUCCUGCAGCCGCUGGGAGUACCCGCUCCCACUGGGCCUGGGUCUGGCUCUCUGCUGGUGUCUGCUGGUCUGCGUCAGUCGAAUCUACAUGGGAAUGCACUCAGUCCUGGACGUCAUAGCUGGUGUCCUCUACAGUGUCCUGAUCCUGCUCGUCUUCCUCCCAGUCCUGGACCUGAUUGACGGCUUCAACCUGACCUACCGCUAUGCGCCGCUCCUCAUCAUCUCCCUCCACCUGGGCCUGGGCCUCUUCUCCUUCACCCUGGACACCUGGAGCACCUCGCGGGGCGACACCGCUCAGAUCCUGGGCACGGGCGCCGGCGUGGCGCUGGCCUCCCACGUCAACCACUACCUGGGCCUGCUGCCCGACCAGACGCCGGACCAGCUCCCGUUAGCCUUCCCCGCCCUCAGCGUGGGCCUGGUGGGUGCGGCCCUGCUGCGGCUGGUCGUGGGAGUCCUGGUGCUGAUGGCCACGCGGGCGCUGAUGAAGGCCAUCACCAUCCCGCUGGUGUGCUGGGUGACCGGCGUGCCGAGCGGGGACGUGAGGAAGGCCCGGCAGCACAUGGAGGUGGAGCUGCCCUACCGAUACAUCGUGUACGGGGUGGUGGGCUUCAACGUGCUCUUCCUGGUCCCGUGGCUCUUCAGCUACGUGCAGUUCUCCUGACUGGACGUGGGCUCACUUCAUGGUCAUUGAAACGGUGAAGUGACGCAGCAGAACUUGACCUGCUGCUGUUGUCAGAUCAGUUCCGCUGCUUCUUCUCAUCUCAAACCACUUCCUGUUCCAUAGGCAGCUGCGUUGAGGCCAGAGAAGAUGAAUUAAAGCCUCAACGAUGAUCCGCUGCCUGUUUCACAGUUUUUCCUCUUCUUGGCUCAGAGUCACUUUCAGAACAGACUGAACAGGAGCCGCUGUUUGCUCCUCACAGCUGUUUGCUCCUCACAGCUGUUUGCUCCUCACAGCUUCCCAGUGUCCUGAGGACCAGGACGUUCUGCAGAUUUAACCCAGACCCUCUCCACCCACGGUCCUCUCCUCUUUAGAUUUAUUUAAAAUCCAACGACUCUGGUCUGAAGCCAGGAGACGCUGCGAGGUCAGAGCCGACCAUCCAGUCCUCCUCCUCCUCCUCCUCCUCCUCUCCUCCUCCUCCUCUUCCUCCUCCUCCUCCUCCUCCUCCUCCUUUAUUCAUUUUACAAGCAACAAAACAAAAUAACAUUUCACAGUGGCCUCUGAAAGACUGAAAAAACCACUGAUUGCUACUGAUUGCCGACCUGUCUCUAUUCACUUUUUUAUUAAUCCUAUUAUUAUUAUUAUUAUUAAUAAGGCCCCAGACAAAGGACCAAACGGGUAAGAAGACCUUUACAUUGAUUUGAUGGACCAGUGAAAGAUGCAGUUUUCAAUGUGAGGCUGCAGCUCACGAUUAUUUUCAUCCACAUUUAUCUGCUGAUUUUCUUUUCAGUAAAUUGUUUUGUUUAAAAAAAGAAAAUCUGAAACAGUGAUUAAAGAAAAUAGAAAAUGAUGCAACCUGAAAAAUAUAUAUUUGAUUAAAAAAAGAAAAGACUGAUUGAAUCGUGAAAUCAGAAGCUCUGAACUUUGUGGUUCUUUGUCUGAAGCUUGUGGAUCGUUCCAUUCCACCUUCCUCUCUUUUGUCUCACGUCUCAAAGCAAUAAGAUGAUUUUAUAAUAAUUCCUUUUUCCUGUGUGGGAGUUAGUUCGAAUGCGAACAGGUUGAUGUCAUUUCCUGACAGAUCUCCUUCAGACCUUUGGGAAUCGAACGUUUGAUCGCACGUGUACAGUGUUUUCUUAAAGGGCUCCUCCCACUCGGGCUGCUCUGUUGACUCUUCCUGUUCGACCUCCGCUCUGAGACGGAUCCACUUCUCCUGUGAGCUGAGAGAAGCAGCGACGAGGCACAUCCCUGAUCCAGAGGGAGGUCUGUGAGGAUUUCCUGAUGUUUGUGUUUUAACACUGUAAAAUCUGAUUGGUGGUUUGAUAACCUGGAGCUUCAUGUGUCCACGGUGAGGAAACCCCCGCUCUGAUGUAGAUUCACUGGUCGAGUUCGGACCGAUAUUUCACUUUGAGUUUUUUUGUGUGCCUGCUUUUCUUCUGGUUCUAGUUCUACAUGUAGAUUCCAGCAGGAAUCUAUUACAACACUUGUUUGGACCCUCAUGUUCUGUUGGAGUUGAACAAUACAAGGGUCAUGAACUCACAAUUCUAUCAGUUCAACGAUAAUCCAUGUACACACACACACACACACACACACACACACACGUGAUGUCAUGUCACUGAUCGCUGUCAAAUUCCACAUUUUCGAGUAUUUGAGAAAAAGAAAAUUCAAUAUUCAAGGUUCAUUCAUUCACUUAAAGCUGUUGAAGGACAAAACCACGAGUUUAUUCUUUUCUCCUCUUUGUUAUUUUUUCCUUAAAUAAAAUAAAAUGUGAUUUUAAGUUGUCAAACAACUUCAGAAACUUAAUUUGGAUGAAAGAAGUUGAGUCAAAAUCCCGGUUGUGAGAAGUGGUGAACCUACAGAUCUCUGUGAUCGUGGACGUUCAUCAGAACGUGGUUCAGACACACGGGUUCGAUUCCCUCUGUUUGAAUCGUGUCUCUGACAGUUUGUCCUGAAUCUGUCCUCGAGGAAUAAACACAACAUCUGGACCUGAUGUGUCCUUCACUCUGGGUGAAACCAUCCUGCUGAGUCUUCUCCUCUGCAGCAGCUGUGGUUGAAGUGCCUUGCUCCAGGGCACUCGCAGGACUGUUUUCCAUCUGGUGACGUGCUCAGGUGCUUCAUUUGAGCACAGCAGGUUCAGCUGGAAGCUUGUUUUUGUUGUUUCUUGUACACGGUACUUUCCUAAUAUUAUAAUAUUAAUGCACUGUUCCCAGAAUGCACUGCCCCCCCAGCACCUCGAGCCGGGCACAAAGGGGGAAGUUGGUCCUGAACGUCAGUAUUUUGUAAUUUUCCUCAUUUCCUGUAACUUUGAGUCGGGAUAAAGACAAACUGAAGUUUGGAGAAAUAUUCAAAAUGAUAAGAUUUUACCACAAACCCUGAAUGAAUGAAAGUUCCUUUAAUAAACAGAUUGUCCUUUUAGACCAAACUACAAAUGGCAGCUUCCCCUGAGGGUGUGUGGCCUCGUGCAGACUCGCUCUCUCAGAUUGUUGUGGUGUUUUGUCUGUUUGUGGUUUCCUCUCUGCAGCAGUGAAACCAGACGCGUUUCAUUUGUUGUUUUAUUGACAAACACACAACCUCUGUUAGUUCCAUUGUCACUUUAUAAGGUUCGUUUUACUGUGGGAUAAUCCCCAGGUUGUCAGGGUAACAAAAUCAUAUCAGAGUUUGGUUUAAAAACUGAAUUGUUUAUUCAGCUUAAAUCGAUUUGUGUUGUGAAGUUGUUGACACACACUCAUUUUGUUAGAACGCUGUAGUGAUCAGAGAAUUACACAGGAGGGGAACACUUUAUCUUUCUGUGGUAUUUAUAUCCAGACUCUGUUUCCUGCAGGUGGAGGAACAAUCUGGAAAAUCAGAUUGUCAGAUAAGAUUAGACCAAACAUCCUGUGUGUGUGUGUGUGUGUGUGUGUGUGUGUGUGUGUGUGUGUGUGUGUGUGUGUGUGUGUGUGUGUGUGUGUGUGUGUGUGUGUGUGUGUGUGUGUGUGUGUGUGUGAUUCAAAUUUGUUUGGUAAAUUUACAGAAUUUGUCAUUUUGUUUGUUACAGUUCAUUAUGAUGUAAUUUGAUAAAAUUUUGAAUUAGAAUACAUUUUGUUUUAUAAUGUGACAUAAUCCCACAUUUUAUUAUGUUAGUAAAAUGACAUUUUAUUGACAAUAUUAAAUCCUAAAAAUUAUUUGUUAUUCCAAUUUUAGUUUUUGGUAAAAUUUCAAAUUUUUUCAUAAUCCUACAUUUCAUUAUUUCACGUUAGGAUUUUAUUGUAUAAUUUAUAAAUUUCUAGAAUUGGUUAUGUAGUAUAAUUUCAAAUUAUUCUCCUAAACAGUAUUUAUUUGACAUUUGUUAUAAACCUAUUUUAAUCACAAAAUUUUAUAAAAUCUCAAAUUUAAUUUAUCCUAAAUCAUAAUCCUAGACGUUCUAGUUUGGCCAUUUGGCCAAUUUCAAAAAUCUAUAAUGCAACUUAUGUUACCGACAUUAUUUUAGACACGAGGCAAAUCUUUACCAUUUCACAAAUUCAAUCACUAUCAUCACAUUUUUACCUGAUGGUAGUUUUUAUAAAAUUCAAAAUUUGAUACAAUUUUCAUUUUAAUUCAAAAGCAAAAUAGUAGCACCCUGUAUGUUUCAAUGAGCUCAGAUCAUUGAUACAAUGAGUGAUUUAUUAGUCAAUACAUGAUAAUUAAGAAAGUAUAUCAGCUCCCCUGCGCCCCCUGGUGGCUGGCGGUGCAGCGCCGCUCUCUACUUAACGACUCUUCUUCGUGUGUUUCUGAGACGUUUUCCGACUGAAUCUCAGAGAAAUGACUUUUGAUAUGAAAUCCUUUCUGACCAAACCCCCGGUGGUUGAACCGUGUCGCUGCAGCUCCGUUAGCGUUAGCGUAGCUUCCGUUUAGUGCCUUUGAUCAGGACCAGGAAUGUUUUUACCGUUCACGUGAAAACUCCUGACUCAUUCUCUCACUCUCUCUCCUGUAGCUUCGCCUUUUGCACUUUGUAGCUGCAGACACGUUUUCCAGUGUAGAGAUAAAUAGAUAAUAAGUAAAAACAUUUCCUGGUAAAUGUCAUGAAGUUUUCUACUGAAGGUUUAAAGCCGAUUCUUCUCACUUAAGCAGCAACUCUAUGUUGAAGUAUUUUUAUUUUAACCUUGGAUAUAUUUGUGAUCAAUCGCAUGAAAAAAAGUUUGAAUAAGUUUUUUAAAUUAGCUUUUUUUACAACCCCCCCCCCCCAUAAAAAAUAUCAUCCUAUUGUUCAUCUGUUUGAUUUGAGAAGUUGUAUAAUGUUUAAAAUGUUGAAUUCCAAAUACAGCACAAAUUAAUCUGUACAAAACAAGUUCUAUGUUUCUUCAUUUGCGUCAGUUUCUAGUUUCACAGUAUUUUCUUUUUUAUAUAUAUAUAUAUAUCUACAGAUUUUAUUGUUUGAUUUUAUUUGAUUUCAAAAUUUGGCUCCAGUUGUCUGAUUGUUUGUGUGGAAUAAAAAAAUGAUGUUAAAAUGA